AUAGGGUUUAUUACGUUUAACCCUAUACUUAUUCUGGGUACCCAUGAAAGGAAAUCCAGUUAUUCGCUGACCCUUUCUUGCUUUUUAGAGCGCUAUGGAUCCGAAUUCGGAAAUCUUUGAAAUUAGCUCUGAUGAAGACGGUGCUUGGGGCGAGCACAGCGAUGAUAAUCUUGAUUGGCUCUCUGAAUUGCUUGAUCCCGGUGGUCGUGAAACUGAAGAUUCUGAUGAUGUGGUUUUUGUGAGCGAGAGACGGAUUUCCAAGCCUGCAGAAAGACCAAAACUGGCUUCUGAGGAUGAUUCUGACGAUGAUUGCACUAUAUUGGAUGGUGACCCUGAUAAUCCAGUUGCAGUUGUAAAUUACUCAGCGGAUGAAGCGGAUGAGUUGCUCAUUGUCAGUGAGAAGGGACAGUUAGCAUGCAGAGACUACCCUCACCCACGACACCUGUGUGCUAAGUUUCCUUUCAGUUCAACUCCACAUGACAAGUACUGUGACGUGUGCCACUGCUAUGUCUGUGACUCGCGUGCACCAUGCAUCUACUGGGGCACUGGUGUUUCUACUACUGACCAUUGUCAUUCUACUGACAAAGAGGAAAUAUGGCGGAUGCAGAGGAAAAUUUUCAAGCAAGGUACAUUACCACCAACACCAGACCGGAAGCUUCCUGUUACUACUUUUUCAAUGAUUCCUCCCUUGUCUAACAAAGCUCUAGCAUUCAAUCCAACGCAACUCCCCAAUGGUGGUUCUGCAACACAUUCAGUCUCCUCACCCCCAGUAUGUGCUUACCCAUCAACGACCAAUUUUGGUAUGCCUAGAAGUAAUCAGCAACCAGGACCCACCCUGAGUAGAGACAGAUGCCCACAGAAUUUAAGCAGAUCACAGGUGAUGCUUGGCACAAAUGAGCUCAUUCAAAGAGAGAGAAACCAUAUUGUUGGUACUUUGGGGCCUCAAUUUAGUACACAGCUGUUUAAAAGGGUAGCUUAUGCGCCAACAGUUUUCUCAAUGAACCAACAUGGAUAUGGGUCAUCUAAUAGCAGAAACAGAUUCACAUCACAUCCCCCGAGGAACCAACAUCCAGUGGUAAUGCAAGCGGGAAGUGAGCCAAACUUUGAUUCUUGUCAGAAUUCCUCCCAGCUAGAAACUGGCAGCAUCUUCUCAGAAUUUCAGUCAUAUACUAAUUCUCAACCCCAAGUUUAUAGUCAGCCAAUUCCUCAAUCAGGUGAGAACCAAAAUUUGUACCGACAUGAGAAUCCAGCUCCUGCUGCUGCAAAUCCUAGUGCAUUGGACUUCAACUCAGGUUGGAUAGACUGUUCAAUCCAGGGUGCUCAACAUUCCCCAGCAGAAGUUUCCCAAGUUCAAGGUGUACAACUGACAUCUGAUCUGCAACCUGUACAAAGUUUAUACCCGAAUGAAAGUCCCCUGGUUAGUGCUGCAAGUUCUCAGUAUACAGGGAGCCCAAAUCCAGGUUCAUCAGAGUUCCAUUUGGAUAAUUGGAUUAGUUCUCUGGAACACGAGUCCAAUUCAGAGAUUGCAAAAGAUUCUGUGCUUUCAGAAUUGGUUUUUGUCCAGCCCGACUCUUUAGAGACAGCUAUGCCGUAUUACGAUAUUGAAAGCUCUUGGAAUGCUCUUGCACAUGUUUAGCAAAUUAAUCUAUUCUUCUCCAC